UAUUCUCCAAUAUAUUCAUCUGCGUCACGCGCCUCAUAAUAACAGAAAACCUUAAAUAAUAAUACACAAAAUCACAUCUAACAUAUUCAAACGACGACAUCUUUCUUAUUGAGCGGUGCCACUGCUGUUGUGCUGUAGAAAGCGAAAGUUCAGCGGGGAGAUCAGAAGCACGUUAUGAUCCUCGUGUAUUUUCAUCUAUUUUGUCGUUUAUAUUCUAUUACUAUUAUUGUGUUCAACGCCUCUAACAGCUGAAAAUUCAUCUAAACUAACCAGAUUACUGUGAUUCAACGGACGAGUCUUUGUCUCCGGCAUGUUGUCGAUUAUUGUCGCUUUACUGGUGAAUCUCCUCAUAGAGACUUCUGUGUCAUUCAGUGUAGUGGUUCCUGGUGAUCCUGUAGUGGCUCAUGUGGGAUCCACAGUGAUUCUGCCCUGCUGGAUCAAUCCUCCUGAGAACGCUGAAGCUCUGGAGAUCCGCUGGUACCGUAAGGAGUUCAGCAACACUUUUUUCCACUAUAAACCUGGGAAGGUCCCGGACAUGCCGGUGGAACCGUACAGGAACCGAACCUCUUUGACUCCGCGGUCAGAUCAGUCUGGUGGACUGAAGGAUGGAGACGUCUCUCUACGGCUGGAGAAACUCAGAGUUCAGGAUGAAGGUUCAUUUCGUUGUUAUGUGAGUGGAGAAAGUUCAUAUGACAGUGAAGAAGUGGAUCUCAAAGUCACGGCUUUAGGAUCCACUCCUGUCCUGUUUCUAAAGUUUCUAGAUGAUGGACGUGUAAACAUCAGCUGUAAGUCCAGCGGCUGGCAUCCAAAGCCCAGCGUCACAUGGAUGUCUGAUGAGAGAAGAGUUCUCCAUCCUGGAGGAGUGUUUUACAGUCGUGAAGCACAUGAGAUGUUCUCUGUCCACAGCUGGACAGCCGUUUCUCGCUCAGAUGCUCAACUGGUCUCAUGUUCACUGUCUCUCAAAACUGGAGAGUUAAAAGAUGGAAGAAUGGACAUACAGGGCAUUGUCUCAUCAGAUUCAUCAGGUCCAUGGAAGGCUCUUUUCUUCACCCUUUUCAUUUUUGCUCUUCUGGGUUUUGGUUUGGUUGGCUUUUUCCUGUACAAAUGCAGACCAGGUAACUGGAAUUCAUCUUCAGGUUUUAUGUAUCCUCCAACUCGUGUGUUGAUAUUUCUGAUCUGUUUUGCAGGAAAGAAACCAGAUAAAGAAAUUGUGGGAGAUGUAAAUAUAGAAGAACCGAGGAAACAUGCAGUUGAGAUCACUGUUGACCGUGAACAUUUACAUCCAGAUCUGAUGGUCACUAAGAACUGUAAAAUCAUGAGGGACGGUCCAGGAUAUGAUCACACUGGAGAGGGAUUUCCAUAUGAAUUAUGCGCAUUUGGAGCACAAAGAUUCACCUCUGGUCGUCACUAUUGGGAGGUAAAGCUGACACAAGAAAAUACACCUCCUAAAAACUACUGGUUAAUUGGUGUGGUGAAACAUGGAAAUUUUACUGUAAGAGACAGAUCUGCUUUAACUCCAUCAAGUGGUUACUGGUUCUUGUGUUCAGACGGUCCUAAUGGUUUUCACACCAACACUGAUCCACCAGUUAAACUCUCACUGACACCGAGACCUGAACGACUGGGAGUUCUGUUAGAUUAUGAAGAGGGUCAGCUGUCAUUUUACAACAUCAAAGAGAGUAAACAUCUCCUGACCAUCAGCACCAGAUUCUCUGGAACAGUCGUUCCUCUGUUUAAUCCUGGUGCUGGUGAUCAGAGUCCACUUAUAAUCUUGGAUUGUACAAAACCUGUAAAAUCAGCUGAAGAGUCCAGUCAACCUUUACUGAGUAAUAACAGCUCAAACGCCUGACUGACCACUGCAGUUUAACCAGAACGAUGCAUGUAGAAAAAAUAAUAUCAUACAUCUACAAACUACAAAAAUGUAUAAAGAUGUACUAGUAUGGUGCUGGGAACAUAAGACUCAUGGGUUUGAUUCCCAGUGACAAUGUGUACAACUUUAACACAGCAUCAUCAAUUCAACCAAAAGUUGUUUUAUGACAACUUCAGUUAAUACUAUCCAAACUUCACAGUUUUUUACGACCCCAUGUCAAGUUAAAAGUAAUAAUACUGUUAGAGGAAAAGUCCACUUCCACAACAAAGAUUCAUACAUAAUGUACUCACCCCCUUGUGAUCCAAGAUGUUCAUGUCUUAAUUUCUUUACGAUUGAGGAAAGAAUGUUUUUUGAGGAAAACAUUUCAGCAUUUUUCUCCAUAUAAUGGACUGAUAUGGUGCCCCGAUUUUAAACUUCCAAAAUGUAGUUUUAAUGCAGCUUUAAAUGAUCCCAAUGCGGCUAUAAACGAUCCCAGCCGAGGAAGAAGGGUCUUAUCUAGUAAAACGAUCGGCUAUUUUCAUAAAAAUAAUACAAUUUAUAUACUUUUUAUUGUCAAACGCUCGUUUUGUCUUGCUCUGCCUGAACUCAGUUUUUGUUCUGGUUCAUGUCAGUUAGUGUAUGUGGAAAAACUCCCAUCUCAUGUUCUCCCUCAACUUCAAAAUCAUUCUAUAUCGCCGUUUGUUAAGGGCAGUUAAAGGGGUUGUUAACAAACCUUUUUUGUUAAAGGUGUUUGAUUUUCUUUGCAUGUUCACUUUGCAAACACAGUGUCGGUGCUUCUGCAGUGAUGUAGGAUGAUUUUGAAAUGAUUUUUGUUUAAAAUGUGUAAAAAUAACAAGUAGGGCUGGGUGCUGACAAAAAUUUCACAAUUCAGUUCAGUUCCUAUCUUGAUUUAAUAUACAUUCUUUUAGACAUAGCAUAUAAGUCAAUUUUUUUUUAAUUCUUUCAACUAAGACUAUGAACUAUACAGGGACUCUGCAAGUUGGUAGCCUACAGUAUUAUAACAGUUCAAGCUUGAAGAUUUUAGCAUGACAAUAUAUGUGGCAAUUUUGUUGCCAGAAUUUAAAAAUGGAGGCUUUGUUUGAUAUCAAAAGUAACAAAACAAAUAAUUUACUGCACUUAUUAGAUGUGAGGUCUGAUGUUCAUGCAUCAACAGAAAACCUGAGAUUUAAAAGCACGGUCACAAUUGGACAAAUUGCAAAGGCGAAAUCAAUAAUAUUUCAAUAAUAACCUGCACCAAUAAGAGUUAAUCGCGAGGGUGAAAAGUUCCACAUAUAUUUAAUUUAUGUUUAAGUUUGUUGCAUAAGUUUGCCACAUGCACCAACAGAAAGCUGUUUGGUUUGUAGAUGACUUGUGUUAUACAGGGCUAAGAUACAGACAAUUGACCUAAUAUUUGCACUCAAAAUCUGGCUCAAAUUUCACUAAUGUGUCACCAUUUAUGAAGCCAAACUGGCUCAUUAAAAUGCUUAAAAUCGAGAAAUCAUUAGCCCUACUGAAAAUAUCUCUUUCUCUCUGGCUUAUUUUCAGUAAUUAGUUUGUAAGAUAAAUAUUUGAAAAGCUACUAGCAAAAGCUUCAGUAACUUGCAAACAUACAAUCACAGUAUAUAACAAUAAAUGUUCAUUUCUGAGAAAACAUCUGCCUACAGUGGAUACAAAAGAACUAAAAGACCACUGAUGGAAAGUGAUGGUAAAAGAUGGUACAUUUUGUUUACACUAUAAACCAUGUAAAUACUAAGGCAGCUAUCAGGGCCGAACAGAUCUAAACACUUUUACUCUGUUGUACCACAUGUGUAAAACUGCAAAUCUGUAAAUACAUGAAUAUGUAACUGCUUACUUGUGUUGAAAUUUUUGAAGUAUUUUUGGUGCAGUUAAGAUCUAUAGAUGCAAAAUCAUUUACUGUUAACUUUUUUUUUUUUUUUUUAUAGUUUUUAAUUUUAUUAUUAUUAUUUUUUUUUAGGAUUGCUAAUCUAUAGAAUAAACAUUGUACUUUUUUAGUA